AUGGGGCGGACGAGAAGCCAAACCAGGGCGGACCGCGCACGACUGGAGAAGUCGAUGCUUAAGGAACUCCAGGAAGAGGCAAGGCGGUACCACGUAACAGCACCAAAGGACAGACGCGCCCUAACAGAAGCAAUUAUGGCGCAUUUAGAGAAGAACGCAGCAGGUACGGAAACAGGAGAGAGCUCCACGGCCGUGAAGACGAGAAAGGAAAUGGAGCAGACAGGAGACGAAGGAAGGAACACGAUCCAACAAGUAGCGGAGUCGGUAGCCGGAGUGAUGAGGCAACAGCAGGAGAUGCAGCGAUUUAUGCAACAGCAACAGAUAACACAGUUGCUACAGUUGCUGACUGCGCAAAACGCUGCAACAACAACGUCGACGGGAACCGAUGAUGCGGAAACGAACGGCCUACCGUCAGCGGAAGGAAACGAGACCGACAGAUCGCCACCGUCGAUGGGGUUGCAGACACAGAGGCAGAGAGGAGAAAACUUCUUUACUGGAAGCCAAGUGACGAGCCUGGCUUCACAAAUUCCGGAAUUCAGCGGAGGAGAAGAAGAGAACGUGAUGGCCUGGAUAAGAAGGGUCGAGAAAAUCCGGCAAGUGCACGGGGCGCCGGAGGGCGUCACGCUCCUGGCAGCAUCCAGCUGUUUAACGAAAGCGGCAAAACGGUGGUACGACACGCAGGAAAGCACAGUACUUGAUUCAUGGGAUGAGCUCAGGACGGAGUUGGCGAAGCUCUUCGACCGGAAGAUCCCCUUCUUCAAAAUGAUGCAAAAAAUAGAAGCCAGCAAAUGGAACGCAUACAAAGAACGCAUACAAACGUUUGACGAAUACGCAUUAGAAAAGUUGGCUCUAAUGCACAGAUUAGACCUACCAAUACAGGACUCCAUCCAGUUGCUGAUCAGCGGUAUCACACAAAGCAGCCUGAGGGCGACGGCGCUAUCAGUGACGUCGGAAUCGAUGGAUUCGUUUCUGGAGAAAAUGAGGCUCAUAUCACAAGGAGCUCUCGAUCCAGAGAAGAAGACAUCGACUCAACCGAAGCAGCAAGGAAAGAACGGCACUUGUAAGAAUUGUGGAAAGAAAGGACACAAUUUCAAAGAAUGCAAGGCGGAAAUUUCCUGCUUUUAUUGCAAAGAGAAAGGACACAGGUCAUAUGACUGCCCCUCGUUGAAGCAGCGAAACAACGGAAUGAAACCGAAGACCCAGGCAAAGGCGGCAUACACGGCGGCGAGCGUCACACAGCCAGAGGAGGACACCGAAGUGGUAGCCACCGUCGAGGACGCGAGGAACCUGGAAAUAAACGAGCCGUUAGUAAGAGUAACCAGCCUAAACGAGGAGACGGGAACAGAGGAUAAGCUAGAAACAGUUAUGGAAAAUACAAAAAUAGAUUUUGACCGUGAAGAUAAACGGAAACUUAGAGAUAUCGUUAGCGAAGUAAACGAGUUGGACAUACCUUUAGUAGAGGACGGUUAUAUGGCGGUAGUAAACUUGAAAGAUAGCUCGACUUAUGCUUACGCGCCGAGACGAUUCGCGCAUGCAGAGCGGCUGCAAAUACGCGAAAUCACCGACGAUUUGCUGAAACGGGGAAUAAUAAGUGAAAGCCGGUCCCCCUACUGCGCAAGGGUCGUCCCUAUCAGAAAGAAAGACGGAAGAAUGAGACUAUGUGUAGAUUUAAGACCCUUGAACAGUAGGGUGGAAAAACAGAAGUACCCGUUUCCGUUGAUCGAGGAUUGCCUAUCGAGGUUAAGUAGAAAAAAGGUAUUCACAUUGCUGGACCUCAGGGACGGAUUCCAUCAAAUCCGCGUACACCCAGAAUCAACAAAAUACUUCUCAUUUGCCACGCCCGACGGGCAAUACGAGUAUCUGAAACUACCAUUCGUAAAAGAAAACUUAGAGACGUUAAAAGAAGUAAUGAUAAUUUUGAAAAAAUAUAGAUUCGAAUUAAACUUUGGAAAAUGCCAGUUUUUAAGAAAAGAAGUAGAAUUCUUAGGAUACCUGAUAAGAGAAGAUGGAAUUACCCUGAGUCCAAAGCACACGGAAGCCUUUGCAAUAAAGGCGAAACCGCUACAAAAAUUGUUACGAAAAGACAGCGAAUUCUCUUUUGACGCGGCGUGUCAAAGGGCAUUCGCACAAUUAAAAGACGAGCUCACCUCGUCACCUAUUCUGCGCCUCUACGACCCAGCGGCGGAAACCGAGCUGCAUACCGAUGCAAGCAUAGACGGUCUAGCCGCGAUACUCCUGCAAAAACUGUUGCAUAUAUUUGGAUCGGGCGGGAUGGUUCGGGCGACGAAAUGA